GGAUGCGAAACCCCCGAAGGGGUAAGUUGUGCAAGUGAAGUGCUAAGUUUGUCAAGUGCAACUAACAACAGUGCAAAUGCUAGUGGAUCUCUUCUGGAUCAAUUCGAUCAAACCGGGUGAAAAUGCUGAAGGCAGAUUUUUGAUCAUUGUGAAGAAAAGUAAAAUUAAGUGACAUGAAGAGGAAGUGAAUUUAUUCGGGUUUAUAGUAUUCUUACCGUCGUUGGUUUACGUAUCAAAAGUGAUGUAACCUGCACAAGAAAUUCAAACCGAUAAUUUCAAACCACACGCGCUGUGAGAUAGUGAUUUAUGCACUUCUGAAUAAUUUUCCAUAUCAAAGUGAAACGAACUCAAGCCUUAGAUUUAAUCGACUAUGCAAACAUACCUUCAAUUCUUCUAGUUCCGUCAUUGGUUCGAUGAAAAUUGCACGAAAAGCGCAGUCUACAAGUUACCAGUGCUAAGCCGAACCGCGGUCUAAUUUUGACCACUAUCGCCGGCGCGCCGCUAUUAUCGCCUGCACCGCCAACGCGAGGCUUCAUUUGCCGAUUUUUCUUCUGAAACGAGCCACCAAAUAGCUGUGCAGCCGAACACGUCCAGCCCAGGCCAGUCGGAACCGCAUGAAAAUAUUUGCACUUGGAUUGUUUGAUUUAAUCAGCUCAGCACAAAAAAAUGGGAAACAUUUUCAUGCUGCUAGUGGGGUUUUGCCUGAUCCACCUGGACAGAGUUCAAGCGUCCUGGGGCACACCAACCAGCAAUCAGUAUCACAUCCAAACAGAUGAAGGACCCGAACGGUAUUUUAAAUACCAAACGGAUAACGGUCAAUAUCGGAAGGAAAAGCGCCUUCAAGAUGGCACAGUUAUUGGAACUGAUGCCUGGAUUGAUGCCUCUGGGUAUCUUCGCCAGAAAGACUACAUCGCUGAUGACAAGGGCUAUCGAAUAUUAAAAUCAAAAACGGUGUACGUGGGAAGGGAUUUACCGAUUCAGGACGCUAUGAAAUCUGUCAAGAAUCGGCCCGCUGACUCUGGAGUCUUAGUCUCCCAUGGUCCGGCUUACCCACGUCCGCAAGCACCUGCGCCACAACCCAUUGGUGUAGUACCCACACCCCCGGGUCCGAUAGCUCCGCCAGUGCACACAACCGGCAUUAAAGCAGUUUACGUUAGGCCCCAUUCGCAGCCUGUUCAAACAAACUAUCUGCCUGCAAACAUUGCCAGCGAUCAAUAUUUGCCGCCCAGCAGACAUUAUGCUUCGAGCACGCCAAGGCCUAACGCUUUCCUACCAUCCAGCACGCCAUACUCUCCGCUUGCAGGAAACGAAAUUUCAUCUACCCCGCUCGCUAUAUUUUCGCCAACUUCUACGCCAUCCCCGCUCAGUGACGGUUCCGAAGCUCACCUUCCGCCGCUGGUCAUUUACAACAGCGACUCAAAACGACCGAACGAAUACGAAAGCUUUACUCCCAGACCUGACGAUUCACUUAACUACCAGCUUAGCAAUGAUCUACUACCUCCAAAACAGGACAUUCUCCGGUUAUAUCCACUAUCAACUACUUUCCCGCACAGGCGACGAUUCCAGCAGGAAAGAAGGCGGCCACCAUAUGUGGAACCGAUUUCCAUUACCUCGGCAGCACCUUUCGUCGAAAGAGCUACACCGUCCCCAAAACCGCUGGUGGUUCCAAUCUCCGAUAACAAUCUCGAAUCCCAAUCAACUUUCAAUCGAGACCUGCUGGAACCGCCACCCAGCUAUCAACGCUAUCAACCCAUUCGGCGAGCUGACCAUAUCUACGACGGUGUAUCGGUGACGAAUGACGGUUUUCGCUACUAUCUUCCCCGGCAAUACCGCGAGGAAACCAACUCCGGAAGUUCUUCCCGGGAGGGCAGCUUCGGUUACAUCGAUCCGUUCGGCAUACGGCGGGUUGUGUACUACAAUACAGGACCCGAAAAAGGAUUCGUGCAUCGAAAGAACAACCGGUUUGUGGGUUUCAAUGCCACACCGUACGAUCCCCGCCCGCUGUGAAUUUGUGGGCGGGAAAGCCCACUUUAACCGCCUGCCGCCGCCGCCACCUUUCCAACGCCAAGUUUUUACGCUUUCAUUAACUUAUUUAUUAGUACUAGUUCUGCCUACGACAAACCCGUGGGCAUUCGCGAUAGAGUAGAUUUACUUGAUGAACGAUUUCAAUCUGAUUGGAGCUUGACCGUUGCUGCUCUGACAGUAAAUUAAAUACUAAAAUUGCGAGGGCGACAUCAUCCGAAGUUAAGUGCGUGUGUGUCCGCCCCAACCCCGCCGAUUGACUGCAGGCGUUCUUCGUGGCAUUCUGAUGGCAAAGUAGAGCAGAGCUUCUGUGCGUUACUUAGGUACAUAGGGGCGCAGCUUCGUGCUUGUUGACCUCCGGCCGAACACGACGCACAAGCUCGCUCUUUGAUGGUUACUGGAGGGCUGCUGUCAGAACGAAAAUCAAAUUGAUCGAUGUUUUUGGGGUAUCCUGUUUUUUUUUUGUAUUAGCAUUAUCACCUUCACAUUUAGGAAUUCAAAGUAAGUUGAAGCAACUUUCAUUUUUAGUGAAUUUAACAUCGAACAAUUUUAGCGUUGCAUACGCGACUGCAGAAGCGAGAUUUAGUCACACUUUUAUGCGCGCCGCUGGCGCCUUUUUUUCUGCAAACGACUGGUCAAGGUUUUCGGGGAACGUUGCCUCUAAAGCCAGUCUACCACGCCACCGACAAUGUAGAGCGAUUUAAUAAGUGCACUUCAUCCGGCCCACCGACCGACCAAAAAAAUUGAUCGUACAAUCCCCUCUGCUCAAGACAUUUCAUUGGAAUGACUUUUGACAUUGCCGCUGCGCUGCGCUGCGCUGG